ACGCACUACAUACACUCUACCGGACAUGGCGGACCUGUGGGCGCGGAUCCAGGCCCAAAAGGCGUCCCUCCUGCGCGACCUGAAGCCCAGACACCUGCUGAACGAGCUGCUGCAACACGGGGUUCUGGAUGAUGACGAAUACGAGAGGGUGAAAAGGGCAGGGGUCACCAGAAAAGACAGAACAGAGGCGCUACUGCUCAUUCUGAGAGGAAAAGAAGUAGAAGAGUUAGCGGCCUUCAUGCAACAAUUGGAAAGACUCUAUCCCCACCUGGCAGAGCAAAUUCGAACUGCAGAAAAAGAGGAAAUGGAAAAAGUGAUCCCGACACCAAGAAACUGUCGGUUAGCGUCGUCCACCAGGGAUUCCCUGACGGUUGCCUGGGACCAGAUAGACGCCGUACCAGGGGGGUCGGUGGAAGUCUCCAUCUUCGCACACGGCAACGACCAGGAGCCUGUACUGCGGGGACAAGUCGGUUGGGAUCAGACUGACGUCAGCAUUGGUGGGCUCAGAGCUGGGACUAAGUACGACGCUCGAGUCCGGGUGGUCAGUGGGCAGCUACGUGGACCAGAAGUGAUAGUUGAGGCUGAGACCAAGACGCUCUGGUCAUCAGUUCCACCUAACUACGCCCUCGUUGCCAUGGUUGUUGCUGUCUUGGUGAUGGUGUGGGUGGCAUCACCAGGUGAAAGGUGUCUCUACCCUAAAUAUAUCUUGGACAUCACCACCAAGAACAGACCCCAUCUAUUUGGAAGGGAGGAAGAUAUCACAAAUCUAACCAUGAUACUAGAGAAGGAUAGUGUUUGCCUGGUCAGUGGUCUCAGAGAGAGCUUUCUCUUCCUGACUUAG